CAGACCAGACCCUCGUCUGCAAUGCCUGGCUGACUCUGGACUCUGUGACACGGAUCAUCUUUGAAGUGAGUCUUCUCUAUCGCCAAUAUUCUCCGUGCCUGGGAGUUGUUUGGUCUCCAGGAAGCAAAGACAGACAACUCAAUGGCUACUGAGGGUGACAACAAAGUCCGUCUGUCUCACGACCUCUCAGAAGGUGAGAAAAAAGCCACUCAGCAGAGAAGAGAAAAAGUCCUGUCGUGCCUGAAAACCCUUCAGAUUCCUUGUGACCAGAAUAAAGUGCCCAAUAUUGUUGUUCUGGGAUCAGGCGGAGGCCUGCGUGCCAUGAUAGCCAUGCUAGGAACCUUGGUGGAGCUGAAGAAACAGAAUCUCUUGGAUGCUGUCACGUAUCUGUGUGGGGUGUCGGGAUCCACUUGGUGCAUGUCCCUCCUGUAUGGAGAUGAGAAAUGGUCAGAAAAUUUGUUGUCCUUGAAAGACAAGCUGUGUGAACAACUCAGUAAUUCAUCCUGGCAUAUUACGAAAGCAGGAGAAUCCCUACAGGAGUCAUCAAAAGAUGAACUUUAUUCACUCACCGACUUCUGGGCCUCCUUUCUUGUGUACCAAAUACUGCAGCAGUUUGAUGAGAAAGAGCUGGCUGACCACAAGGAGGCCUCAGAGACUGGAAUAAACCCUUACCCGAUUUAUGCAGCAGUGGAUAAGGAUAAACUGAGUGAAGAAGGCGGGCUCUUUCCAGGGACUUGGUUUGAAUUCACUCCACAUGAGGCUGGAUAUACUGCCUUGGGUGCUUUUGUGAGUACCAAACACUUUGGAAGUGAAUUUGAGGAGGGUGAGCUGAAGAAAAAGGGGAAGAAGAAAUCCAUUUGUUACAUGCAAGGCUUAUGGGGGAGUGCUAUUGGAAGCAUGGAAGAAAAUCUGAAGUUUAUACGAGAGAGUCUCGGCUUGUUCUCACAAGGAACAUUGCACCCAUUGAAAGGCCUCACCUCAUAUGGACCAGAGAGUAUUUCAGAUACCUUCAUGGCUUAUCAGUCCACUCUUCUUCUACUAGACCUUCAGCUGUGUGCUGUAAGUGGGAGUGAUCCUAAGGAAGUCUUCGACAAAUUGUUGAAUAUAUUGUCAGAGAAGGGAAAAAGUGCAUCCUACCAACUGUGCCUUGAAAUGUCUAAUACUUGGGCAACGAAAACGAAGGAGGCGAGAAUGAAGAGCUGUGCUGAACUGGGCAAAGAGAUAGAAAAGGCAUUUGGAGGGUGUCUUGGGAAAGAAGGUAUUAUAGAAGGAGUGUUAUCAUCAUCCCAUGAAAACCUCCUAGGCUCAGUGUGGAAUGUCACUAGGAUGCUGCUUAAAACAAUUCAAUGUGCAUUGACCUGGCAAUGGGGAACGACUAAUAACUUCCUUUACAGCUGCCCUAAAGUUGAGCCCUCUUACCUGGUCAAAACCAAACUCAUCUCUUUGACUGACGCUGGCCUGGCAAUAAAUUCUGCCUAUCCUCUGGUCCUUCGAGCACAGAGGCGAAUAGAUCUGAUCAUUUCCUUUGAUUUCAGCUCUGGAGAUCCUUUUGAGACUAUCAAGAAAACAGCUACAUACUGCCAGAAAAACCAUAUCCCGUUUCCCAAGAUAGAGGAUCAGGAAAAGAACGUGGACAACCCUUCUGAUUGCUAUAUCUUCCGAGGAGACGAGUCAUGCCCUACAGUCAUGCACUUUCCACUCUUCAACAACGUGAAUUGUUCUGAUAAAAUAGAAGAAUACAGAAAAAGGUUUCCCACCUUUCGCGUGUCCUUCCCCAGGGAAGACAUCAAAGACCUCCUUCAGAAAGCGGGGUUGAAUGUAUCCAACAACAGUGGGAAGAUUUUGCAAGAGAUAAAACGGCUUGUGCCUUCCUCUCACGCAUACAAGUUCUGAAUGUGAAGCGGUUUUUCCUUCAGUACAAGACAAUGAAUUUACGAAUAGCUAUAAAUGGUAUACUUUACCCCACUGCACGUUUCGUCUUGGCCAUUUGGUGUAUUAGUCUUCAUAGCGUGCUCUGGGCAACCAUAAUGGAGAUUUCUCCGCCACCAUCUCAGCCACCUCUCCUCUAUAGCCAAAAGAACCACAAAGGUGCUCUCAGGCAGUGAACAUUUGGCACGUUUUAAACGUAUUUGUGAGACUAAGAUGGCCUGUGUUUCUGAAGGGCUGAAGAGGCUGUCUUUAAAAUUGGCUGAGAUGGAGGCAUUGGUGUUUGCAAAGAGGUCUUAAACCAACAAAGAGGAAGAAUAAGGCAAGAAGGAGAAAGAGAGAGAGAGGAGGCUUUCCAUAGGAGAAUACCUAAGCAGGCAGCAUGACAGGUAAUAAAGAAUUAGACAGAUAAAUACUAAGUAAACGUAUUAAAAGGGAAAAAAGAACCACUAUAAUUUUUGCUUUUGACAAUAGAAGAGUCACAAUAGAGAAGCCAUGAAAGAGAUAAAGACAAGUCCAAUGGUCAGAGACUGACAAAUAAUGCCGGUAAAACUGGAGCGUGUCUGCACAAGGAGAGGAUGUCUGUCUAUAUGAACCAAAUGCGAGCUAAUGCUAGACUCUGGCUUGCUCAUGAUACUGGCUUUUCGACCUUCUUUCUUUUUCUGUAUUUGUCACUUGUUCAUUUGUCUGCAUUUUCCGUGUAUCGUAUUUAAACCUAACUCUAUAUUAAAUAUAUGAGCUAUAGCUUGUUCCUAAUAGCAGCCAUAUUUGGCUUUGUCCCAACGUGUACUGCACAAUCCCAGUCAAAGAAUUUAUCUGUAAUAACUUGGCAUUGAACAAGAAUAUCUGUGAUAUUGAAAAAAAAAAACCCAAACCAACAGCCUCCUCUGAGCUAUACUGGAAAUCUUUAGCUUGCAAGUGUUUUCUUACGUUCAGACUGAAUUGAAAACCAGGAAAUUCAGUGUAAAGACAGGAGAACACUUUCUGGUUUUACUGUGACAGUGGUCAGACACUAGAACAGGUCACCCAGAGAAGCUAUGGAGUCUGCAUCUGUGGAGAUAUUCAAAUCCCACUUGGACAAGGUCCUGGGCAACUUGUUUGAGAUGACCCUGUGUACUGCUUUUGUCUAGACAAGAGUUAAUUUUCUUCAUAGUAGCUUGCAUGGUGCUGUUGUGGAUUUGUGGCCAAAACAGCGUUGAUAACACAACGAUGGCUCAAUUAUCACAGAACACUGCUUGUACGGUGUCAAGAAUUCCUUAUUUUGCUUUGCUUGCAUGAUCAGGUUUUGUUUUACCUAUUAAACUGUCUCUAUCUCAGCCCACGAGUAUUUUCAAAUUUUACCCUUCCAAUUCUUUCCCUCAUUCCACUGGGGGGGGAGGGAGGAGGGGAGCGCUGAGUGAACGCUGCGUGGUGCUUAGCUGCCUGCUGGGGUUAACCCACAGAAAUACUUUCUGCUGCCCAGCAUUGAGC